AUGGUGCCGAAGCCAGUCGCAAAGGAGCUAGAUGAAGCUUCCGAUAGCGAAGAGUAUGACGAGAACGCCGACGAAGACUUCAACCCCGAGAAGGCUGCUGCCGAAGCGAAAGAGGGCUCAUCAUCUUCAGACGACGACGAGAAGGCUGCUGCUACUGUCGUGGAACACACAGCGAAGCGCGCGAAGAAGCGGAAAGUGGACGACGUCGAUGAUGGUCUCGACUCAGGCGAUGAAGCGACGAUAGCAGAGCGGAAACGAGGGAAGAAGAGGAAGAAAGAUGCGCCUCAAGAGCAGGCGCAAGACGAUGACAGUGGUGGUGAAGGAGGCUUCAUACGCACGCGAGCACAGAGAGUAGUUGAGAAGCAGGAGCGGAAGGACAGGAAGAGGGCGAGAGUGGGAGACGUGACGAUUGAUGUUAAUGCGAUUUGGGAGGAGUUGAACAACAUACCCGUUGGACGGUCAAUAGAAGUGCAGAAGGUGCCGAUGGAAGUGGAAGGUAGCGAGGAGGAUACUACGGAUCAGAACAAGGAGAACACUACCGAUAUGCCAGACGAGGACUUCAUCACCAUCACGAGACGAAUACGAUACGCCGGUGAAGUAACAGAAGUCACCGAACGCGUCCCACGCGCAUCAAAAGAAGCCCAAGCCUACCUCAAAGCCAACCCUCCCCCCACCGAAAGAGACAGCGACUCAGCAAAACCCCUCCUCCGCCGCCCCCUCAAACGCCCCUCCCUCUUCGAACCCAACCCUUCCGCAACCAUCAAAGGCGUCGCCCCUACCCACCCACUCCUCCGUCCUCGCACCCCAAGCCGACAAGACGCGCUCCUACUACAGACUCGACUAGAGGACGAAGCAAAGAAGAAGGCGGAACGGAUGACGACGGUGCAGAAAUCGGCGUUGGAUUGGAAGGGUUUCGUGCAGAAGGAGGGGAUUGCGGAGGAGUUGAGAGUUUAUGGGCGGAGUAAACAGGGGUUUUUGGCGAGAGAGGAGUUUUUGGGGAGGGCGGAUUUGGUUAGGGAGGAGAGGGGACGGGAGGCUAGGUUGAAGGGGGGUGGGGUGGUAUGA